AUGGGCGACAAGAGUGGGCAGCCCGGCACCCACACCUAUAAAUCCCUUGCUGAAGAUGGCGUCUUCGGCUUUGUGGAGCCGCCCAAAAGACCCAUGGGGAGUCUGCUCAUGCACAGCAUGGCCAUGUUCGGCCGGGAGUUUUGCUACGCGGUGGAGGCGGCCUACGUGACCCCAGUCCUGCUCAGCGUGGGCCUGCCCAAGAGUCUGUACAGCGUGGUGUGGCUCCUCAGCCCCGUCCUGGGGUUCCUGCUGCAGCCCGUGGUGGGGUCCGCCAGCGACCACUGCCGGGCCCGGUGGGGCCGGCGAAGACCCUACAUCCUCACCCUGGGCAUCAUGAUGCUCCUGGGCAUGGCUCUGUACCUCAACGGGGACAUUAUCAUAUCAGCUUUGAUUGCUGACCCAAGGAGGAAGCUAAUUUGGGCCAUAAGCAUCACCAUGAUAGGUGUGGUUCUCUUUGAUUUUGCUGCUGACUUCAUUGAUGGGCCCAUCAAAGCCUACUUAUUUGAUGUCUGCACCUAUCAGGACAAGGAGAGGGGCCUCCACUACCAUGCCCUCUUCACAGGUUUGGGAGGUGCCCUGGGUUACGUCUUGGGUGCUAUCGACUGGGCCCACCUGGAGCUGGGAAGAGUGCUCGGCACAGAAUUCCAGGUCAUGUUCUUCUUCUCGUCCUUGGUGCUCGCUUUGUGUUUUAUCAUCCAUCUGUGCAGUAUCCCUGAAGUCCCGCUUAAAGACAUUCCCACACAGCAAGCCCCCUGCGACCUUGCAGUGUCAUCCAAUAGAACCUACCAGUAUGGGUCUAUUGAGAAAGUGAAAAACGGUUGUGUAAACCCAGAGCUGGUACUGCAAGGAGGAAAACCCAAAAAUCCUGCUGAACAGAUUCCAAGGACAAUGACCAUGAAGUCAUUGCUAAGGGCGCUGAUAAGCAUGCCUCCCCACUACCGCUGCCUUUUCAUCAGCCACCUCAUUGGAUGGACUGCUUUCCUGUCCAACAUGCUCUUCUUCACAGACUUCAUGGGCCGGAUCGUGUACCAUGGGGAUCCCUAUGGGGCACACAACUCCACAGAGUUUCUCAUCUACCAAAGAGGGGUCGAGGUUGGAUGUUGGGGCUUGUGCAUCAAUGCUGUGUUUUCCUCACUUUAUUCUUACUUUCAGAAAGCUUUGGUUCCCCACAUCGGAUUAAAGGGUCUUUACUUCACGGGGUAUUUGCUGUUUGGCCUGGGGACGGGCUUUAUCGGGCUCUUCCCGAAUGUCCACUCCACCCUGGCCAUGUGCACCUUGUUUGGCGUGAUGUCUAGCACCCUGUACACCGUGCCCUUUAACCUCAUUGCCGUGUACCACCGCGAGGAGGAGCAGAGGCAGCAGGCCCGGGGAGGGGACCUGGACAGCAGCGGGAGAGGGCAGGGCCUGGACUGCGCCUCUCUCACCUGCAUGGUGCAGCUGGCUCAGAUCCUGGUCGGAGGUGGCCUGGGCUUUCUGGUCAACAUGGCCGGGAGCGUCGUCGUCGUGGUGAUCACAGCCUCUGUGCUGGCACUGAUCGGCAGUUGCUUUGUGGCUCUCUUUGUUAGACACAUGGAUUAGGUCAAUAAAGAGACAUCGUCCCUAAUGUCAGACACAGUGGAGCACACAGCAAGAAAUCAAUCUUUUCUUUAGCUCUGCUCGUCUUGUGUCUGCCCAUUGGAUGCCCCGUGUUAUGACUUGUAGCUGCAGUUGUCUGCCGACCCCUCACUCUCAUCCAGCCGUCUGCACAACCGUUUCCAUAUUUUAGGCAUCAUUUGUUUUAAGGGAAACUGGGCUAUGCCUCCAUUCACCAGUGGCAAAGAACAAGUGUGGGUGACAGCACCUCCAUGUGUCUUUCUCCCUGUGUCUCGGUGCAGCUGAAUGGAGAGACAGGCUCUGUUUUCCACAGGGCAUUUCAGGCCUUGACGAAACCCAAGAAGCAGACUAGCAUGUACCUGUGAUGCUAGGAUUUAUUCUAGGAUGUGAUUUUUUUUUUUUUUUAACCAGGGGCCCAAAUAUAGUCAGGUGGGAGGGGCAUAUUUUUCAUCAGAUUUGCCAUUACUCAAAAUAUUGGCAAUGA